GAUCCAGAUCCAGAUCCAGAUCCAGAUCCAGUAUUAUUGACGUUAUUUAUUCCCGGGACUGUUUACGCGAGAAGAUAUUUCUCAUAACUGGCAGCAGCGAACUAAUAAAGCAAAGGAUGAGAAGGAGGACUCGCGGUGCUUCUCACGCUGAAAGUCUGGUCGUCUCCACCGAACACCGACUCUUGCUCUUCAGCUGUAUUAUUAUCAGGAGGAACUAGCUUUUGCUAGCAAGCGUUAGCAACGUUAUAGCUUGCUAGCAAAAAAAACAAAAACCUGCUGCCUUUAUUAUUGUGGCCUCGCGACGAACCUCCCAGCGUCGAGAAAAUGGUGUACCUGUUAAAUCCUAUAGAGAACCUGAGAAGCUACAUCAACAACCGUCCACCGCUGGUCCUUUUUAUGAUCAGUGUCAGUGCAGUGGCCAUCGCCUUCCUGACCAUCGGUUAUUUCUUCAAGAUUAAGGAGAUCAAGUCUCCAGAGUUGACAGAGGACUGGAACACCUUUCUGCUGCGCUUCAAUGAGCUGGACCUUUGUGUGUCGGAGAACGAGACGAUAAAGCACGGUCUGAACGAGUCGACCACGCCAGAGAGCAUGGUGGUGACCAGCGGCCAGGCUCGCUCCAGCACCCAGGUUCCCCUCCUGCUGGACGACUCGGGUGCCAUCAACAUCUCGGUCCCCAUCACCCUCACGCUGGACCCCCAGCGCCCCUUUGGAGGCUACUCUCGCAACAUCACCCACCUGUACGCCACAGUGCUGGGGCAGCAAGUCGGCCUAUCCGGCCGGGAAGCCCAUGAAGAAAUAAACAUCACUUUCACCCUGCCUGUAUCCUGGAACUCAGACGAGUGUGUGCUGCACGGCCACUGCGAGCAGGUGGUGUUCAGCACUUGCAUGACCAUCACGGCGGCCAGCAAUAUCUUCCCAGUCACAGUGCAGCCGCCUCACUGCGUGCCCGAGACGUACACCAACGCCACAUCUUGGUACAAGGUGUUCACCACAGUCCGCGACUCGGACACCAAGUACAGUCAGGACUACAACCCCUUCUGGUGUUACAAAGGAGCCAUCGGCAAGUUGUACCACGCACUCAACCCAAAGCUUACGGUCAUCGUCCCGGAUGAUGACCGUUCCCUCAUCAACCUGCACCUGAUGCACACGAGCUACUUCCUGUUCGUCAUGGUCAUCACGAUGUUCUGCUACGCCGUCAUCAAGGGGCGGCCCGGCAAAGUGCGUCAAAACAACCCCGACAUGUGUCCUGAGAAGGUACAGCAGACACCAGCAGUGCUAUAUGACGAGAACAGGUGGCGCUGUCAGAGGGUUAAAAAGGCUUCGGAGAGUUACAGAACGUAUCUGUAACACGGACAAACGCAAAGAAAUCUAAAUAAACAUACCAGUUGCCUAGUGAACCCUGGAAAUACAAUAAGGGACACAAAAGCUCUGUGAAUGCAUUACUCUUGCAAUGUUGGGUUUUUCCAACCAAAGAUAUACAAGUGCCUGUAUCUGUCGUGUACAUAUCUGUAGGAACUCUGAUUUUUCUUUUCUUUAUUAUCAUUAUCUUUGGCCGGACCCGAGAACCACGCAGCCAUGUCUCCAGCAUCACUCGCUCUCAUUCACCGAGCACGAUGGAAAGAAACGCAGGCUGCGUGAACGCUGCGUUUAUCACACAGCUGUUGUUUCCGCUGUCGAUGUUUGGAGAUCUCAAAAUGUACUUUCACCUCCUACGCUGAGAAUCGCAAUGUGUAGUCACUUUAAAUCUGUUUAAGUGAACUAAAACCAAAAACUCACUGAUGAUGUAAUCUUCACAUGCACGUCAACAGGAGAGAGAAUUCAUUUAGCACUUUUCUCUGCAUCCAGACCCGACCGUGUCGUCAGAAGUCUGAUCAGAAGUUAGACAUAACGCUAAAAUAAAGUGUUCAAAAGUUCAUUUCAUUGAACUUUCAAUUAUAUUUGAUUAGCAAUUAUGUUUCCUGUGUGUCUGCAAUGUCAAUAAACAAAGUCAAACAUUGAAUGAUUAAUAUAUGAAGAGCUGGUAAA